AUGGAAUCAACACCAGACAUAAUUACACCUUCCAAGUCUCUCGAAACGAUCUCUACUGAGACAGAAAAUAGUAAUAAUUUACAUACCUCCAACUCUAAGGAAGAAUCAUAUGAGGAAGAAUAUACCAAUGAGGUUUCACAUACAGAAGAAAUCCUAAAUCCAAAUACUGGCAGUGGUGUCUAUGUAUUUGUAUGUGUUUGUUGUGUAAUGGUAGCCUUUGGUGGGUUUAUCUUUGGUUGGGAUACAGGUACUAUAUCCGGUUUUGUAGCUCAAACUGAUUUUGUAAGGAGAUUUGGUUCUAAACAUGCAGAUGGCACCCCAUACUUAUCUAAAGUUAGAAUGGGUUUAAUCGUCUCGAUAUUUAAUAUUGGUUGUGCCAUUGGUGGGAUUGUUUUAUCAAAAGUUGGUGAUGUUUAUGGCCGUAAAAUGGGUUUAACAACUGUGGUCUUAAUAUAUAUUGUUGGGAUAGUUAUUCAAAUUGCCUCAAUUGACAAAUGGUACCAAUACUUCAUUGGUAGAAUUAUUUCUGGUCUAGGUGUUGGUGGUAUUGCAGUUUUCUCACCUAUGCUUAUAUCUGAAGUUUCUCCAAAAGCAAUGAGAGGUGCAAUGGUUUCCUGCUAUCAGCUGAUGAUUACCUUGGGUAUUUUCCUAGGUUACUGUACUAAUUAUGGUACCAAGAACUAUGAUGAUUCUACUCAAUGGAGAGUUCCUCUAGGUUUAUGUUUUGCAUGGGCAUUAUUCAUGUUGGGAGGGAUGACUCUUGUACCUGAAUCACCAAGAUAUUUGGUUGAAGUUGGAAAAACUGAAGAAGCAAGAGCUUCUUUAGCAAAGGUGAAUAAAUGUGCAGGCGACCAUCCAUUUAUUCAACAAGAAUUGGAUUUAAUUGUCUCAAGUGUAGAAUUAGAAAAAACAGCUGGUGUUGCAAGUUGGAGCGAAUUAAUUAAAGGGAAACCACAAAUGUUUCAACGUACUAUGAUUGGUAUUCUUGUUCAAUCUUUACAACAAUUAACAGGUGAUAACUACUUCUUUUAUUAUGGUACAACAGUUUUUACUGCUGUUGGUAUGAACGAUUCUUUUGAAACCUCAAUUGUAUUUGGUGUAGUUAAUUUAUUCUCCACCUUCUGUUCAUUAUUUACAGUGGACAGAUUCGGUCGUCGUAAUUGUCUAUUGUGGGGUGCCGUUGGUAUGGUCUGCUGCUAUGUUGUAUUUGCUUCAGUAGGUGUAACAAGAUUAUGGCCUGAAGGCAAAGAUGCUGGAGUAACAUCAAAAGGUGCUGGUAACUGUAUGAUUGUAUUUUCGUGUUUUUAUAUAUUCUGUUUUGCAACUUCUUGGGCACCAAUUGCUUAUGUUAUUGUUUCAGAAACAUUCCCAUUGAGAGUGAAAUCAAAAGCAAUGUCGAUAUCCACUGCAGCAAACUGGAUUUGGGGGUUCUUAAUUGGUUUUUUUACUCCAUUUAUUACCGGUGCUAUUAACUUUUAUUAUGGUUAUGUUUUUAUGGGAUGCAUGGUCUUCGCAUGGUUCUAUGUUUUCUUUUGUGUACCAGAAACCAAGGGAUUAACUUUAGAAGAAGUAGAUGAAAUGUACACAGAAGGUGUUUUACCUUGGAAAUCUUCGAAUUGGGUUCCAAUUUCCCGGAGGGAUGACUCACACAAUAUAUCUGAUAUAAAAGAUGAUGGAAAACCUUUAUACAAAAAAAUGUUUGGCAAGAAUUAA